AUGGGUGGCCGUUUAACAACUCCGCCAUCAUCGACAUCAUCAUCAUCGACAACAGCUCAUCGACCAACAGCUUCAAAUUCAUCAACAAAUUCAAAUCUUACACGUACACAUUCAAAUAGUACCAAUCAUCAGUAUCAACAACAACAAACAGUACAUCACCGUCAUCGUUCAAAUAGUAGUCAUCAUCAUUCUCAUGGUUUAUUUGGUAAUAAUUCAACAAGUAAUAAUCGACAUCGAACAACAUCAACAAAUAUUGAUCCAUUAAGUGCAACAACAUUUAAUUUAAAUUUAUUACGUUAUGUUGGACUUGAAAAUGAAUCGGAUGAUCAAAGUUCUGAUGAUGAUUCACCACAAGCUCAUCGACGUUUACAACAUUUUAUAAUUACAUUACGUGAUGUUCCUUGUCCUGUAUGUAACAAAACAAUACCAAGUGAUUUAUUUGAAAAACAUAUUUUACAAUGUUUAUCGAAACCACGAAUAGAUUAUAAUGAAGAUACAUUAACUGAAGAUAAAGGUGAAUGUGUCAUUUGUCUUGAUGAUCUAUUAGUAGGGCAAAAAAUUGCUCGAUUACCAUGUCUUUGCAUUUAUCAUAAAAGCUGUAUCGACAGUUGGUUUCGUAUCAAUAGAUCAUGUCCUGAACAUCCCGGCGAUUAA